AUGUCGAACAAGUAUGGUAAUUCGUAUCGCGGCAACGCAAACGGCUAUGGCAACUUUGGCCGGCCGCAACAAGCGCCGCCACAGCAGGCACAGCAGCAACAACAACAACGACAGGCGCAGCCGCAGCAGUCACCGAAGCCGACGGCACGACUGAGGCCCAGCGACGACUACGACCCGUACGGCGACGGAUACGUGAGUUCAUCAUCACGAGAGCGGUCGCGCGGGCCGGCCUCACGCGGCGCGGCUGGACGAUUCAAGCAGGCAGAAGAGCAACAGCAGGCGCCACCACAGCUGCCACCGCCACGACGACGACCAGAGCGACAGAUCGGACAGGAGACGCUGGACCACAUCCGAAAAGAAUGGCCGUCGAUGUGCGAGGCAGACUGCGUACCGGUGCAGAUGGCGCUGCAGCUGCUGGACUCGAGCUCGGUCGGACGAGCACACGAAUACCGGGGUUUCCAGGAGACGCACCAAUACCUGCAGGACUCGCUCAAAGGCAUCGUGCACGACUACCACCAGGGCUUCAACAGUUCGAUCGGAACGUUCCACAAGAUCCAGAACAGCAUCCAGACGUCGCAGAAGAAGGUGCGGUGGCUGAAGGAGACGCUGGCGGCGAGCAAGGUGAACCUGUGCAAGACAGACCCGGAGCUGAAGAAGCUGUACGCGUCGUCACAGAUGUACGACGACCUGCUGCAGACGCUGAACGACGUGGACGAGCUGCGACAGGUGCCGGAGCGGCUGGAGGCGCGGAUCUCGGAGAAGCAGUUCCUGACGGCGGUGGACGUGUUGCAAAACGCGCUGCGGAAGCUGCAGAAGCCAGAGCUGGACGGGAUCGGGGGCCUGAGCGAGCUGCGCAGCUACCUGGCGAACCAGGAGACGGCGCUGAUGGACAUCCUGGUGGAGGAGCUGCACGAACACAUGUACCUCAAGUCGCCGUACUGCCAGGAGCGGUGGCAAGCGCUGGCAAAGCACCAGGGGACAGCCAACGAAGCGUACUACGGCAACGCGGCCUCGACGGUGGCGCCGUUCUACGCGCUGCUGGACGGGAUGGAGUUUGAGCACGCGGUGCGCGAGGACCCGGCGCGCAACCCGGAGCGGGACACGUUCUACUACAUCACGCUGGUGGUGGAGUCGCUCAACAAGCUGGGCCGGCUGGAGGGUGCGGUGGACCAGCUGAAGCAGCGGCUGCCGGUGGAGCUGUUUGGGGUGGUCAACGAGGCGGUGACGGAGGUGGACCGCAAGCACCCGAGCUCGCUGCGUGGCGGGUCGUCGGCGAACGCGAACGGAUUGCACAUCUACGGCAGCCGGGAGACGCAGCUGCGGGCGGACGUGAUCUACGAUCUGCUAUGGACGCUGUACGGCAAGUUUGAGGCGAUUGCCGAGGGUCACCGGGUGCUGCACGAGUACAUCAAGGCGCUGAUCCGGCGCGAGGGCGCGGGCAACAACAGCGCGCUGCUGGGCAGCUUCAAGGAGCUGUGGAAUCUAUACCAGAACGAGAUCCGGUCGCUGCUGCACAACUACGUGACGACCGACGCAGACCUGUACCGGUUCAGCAACUCGCCGAUGUCGGGAGCCGGCGGCUAUGGCGGAGCGGCGAACGGCGGACGCAAGAGUAUUUUUUCGUUUGCCGAGUCGGACGCGCGGUCAGACGAGAUGGCGGCCGAGUACGAGGCGCUGGACGGGAUCAUCCGGUCAGCGGUGCCGGGACUGACGAGCGACGACGGGACAGGGAGCAGCAACCGGCGAUCGGGGUCGGGCGGCAAACGAGGCAGCUCCAAGAUCAUCAGCUUCGGCUACGGGACAGCAUCAUCACAGCAUCAGCAUCAGCACCAGCAGGACGGGAUGCGCAAGCCGCUGGUAGAGCCGAGCGUGUUCAACAUGAGCCUGCUGUUGCCGCCGACACUCGUCUUUCUGCAGCGGCUGAAGAACAUUGUGCCACCGGGAUCGGACCUGGCGACAAGCACGCUGACGUCGUUUCUGGACAACUUUCUGGUCAACGUGUUCCAGCCGCAGCUGGACGAGACGCUGGGCAAGCUGAGCGAGGCGGUGUUUGGCGAGGCAGACGCCUUCCAGCCAGACGCACAGUGGAGCCAGGUGGCACGCAAGCCGGUAUUCAAGGGCACGACGGCCUUUUUCUCGGUCGUCACAGCCUUCUGUCGGAUGCUGGGGACGAUUCCGCACGACCAGGCGCUCAGCACGCUGAUCAUCACGCAGAUGAUGCGGUACUACGACCGAUGCUUCAGCUGGUACAAGGCGCUCGUGACGAAGACACCGGAGCGAGGCGUCGAGGUGGAGGGAGGAGAGGGAGGGGGUAUAGUGGAAGGAGAAGGCAGCGUGGGCGUGGGUGUCAGUGUGGGAGUGGACGGCGACGGAGACGACACGACGCGACUGCGGCUAUCGGCAGUACUGGCGCUGGAGGACGGCGACGUGUCGCGAACAGCGAAGCAGUUGUGGGAGGCGACAGGAGGAACGACAGGGCCGACAGAAGGGCUGCUGGGCCAGGAGGCGGAGCAGCUGAUGAGACGGGCAGCACGACAGGGCAGCAGCGGACGGCUGGACGUGAGCGACGUGAUUGCCGACCGGGAGACGAUCACGUCGUUGUGUCUGCUGUACACGAGCAUGAAAUGGCUGGCGGUCAAGAUUGCGGGACUGCGACACAUCACGCAGCAAGACGCGGACUCGGCCUCGACGCGGUCGUCGUCGUCGCUGACGAAGCCGGGACGACGACGAUGGACGCUGCUGCACGACGCGAGCCGGGCGUUUGCGGGUGGAGGAGCCGGCGGUGUGGACGAGGCAGCCGGCGGGGGGCCGGUGUACCUGCCGAUGACCCAGGAGACGGCGCAGUCGUUUGACGGGAUCGUGUCGUCGUGCGAAGAGCUGGCAACGACAGCUCUUUUGACGCUGCACCUGGAGGUGCGGUGUCGCAUCGCAUACGCGCUCGGCGUGGCGCUGUCGCCGCAGACGGCGCCGUAUCUUCUGGACCAGGAGGUCAGCGAGCCGGAUCCACAGAUCCUGGCGCUCAACGGGGCGCUGAUCGCGUACGACGAGACGGCGAUGCGGUUUCUGCGCGAGCGCGAGGCCAACUUUGUGCGCACCGGGCUGGGCCAGCUGGCGGGCGCGUAUCUGGUGGGCAACGCGCGCAUGGUGCGGCCGAUGAACAGCAAGGGCUGCGGGCGGAUGCAGCUCAACAUCCUGGUGCUGCAGCAGAACCUCAAGAACGUGGAGGAGGGCGUGGACCUGGCGCGGGCGGCGAACUACUACCGGCUCUUUGAGCAGGGGCCGGACGCGAUCGUGGCCAAGGGACGGGAGGGGGGUGGGGGUACGGGUGAGGGCCAGGAAGCCCAAACGGACGAGGCCAAUACGUUCUCCUACGAUGAGCUCAAGGAGCUGAUCGAGCUGUACUACUCGGAGCAGCUGGCGAACCCGGAGCGCGGAAUCGAGAACGCGGCACGGCGGCAGAUGGGGGAGAAGCUGAUGGAGCUGGGAGAGCAUUCGUGGCAGAAGUGA